AUGUCAGCAUUUCAGAAUGCUACGGUCCAUAACAAGAAGAACCCAUACUUGGGAUACGUGUACACAUCUUUCCAAGAGAGGGCCACGUUUAUAUCACACAGCAACACAGCCCGGUUGGCAAAGGAGCAUGGGGACACGGUGUUGGCACGCAUCUGCGGUAGUAUUGCGGCGGACGAGAAGCGGUACGAGAAUGCAUACGUGAAAAUGGUAGAGAAGCUACUGGAGAUAGACCCUUCCGACGCAAUGCUUGGGAUCGCCGAUAUGAUGCAAAAGAAGAUCGCCAUGCCUGCUUACCUCAUGUACGACGGCCAAGAUCCCAAUCUAUUAGAUAACUUCGCUGUCGUCGCACAGAGGGUUUGCGUCUACACGGCCGGCGAUUACGCGGACAUAUUGGAUUUCAUGGUUGAGCGGUGGAAGCUGGAGAAGCUAGAGGGUAUCAACAGGGCUGCCAACAAAGCCCAGGAUUUUGUGUGUGGUUCGGUUCCCAAGUUCCGAAAGCUGCACCAACGAGCAGAAGAACAAGCACGUAAUACGAAGCUACGUACCGUGGGGUUCAGUUGGAUUUUCGACAGGGAGGUUGCGUUCUAG